UAUUUUCAUGCGACCAACGAAGUGUACGCCCUACUGGAACCAAACACUGUAAUGACCACCGUGUCUGGUCUGAACGAAUCUCACAACGACGAGGUGACCAAAACGAUAUCCAUUCAUACGGAUUGCCUCAAAUCAAGCCCCAGUGAAGAAAGUCUAUGGUGGUAUCAUCCAACAAAACAAAACCGUAAACGAAAAAGUCGGGCCGCAUCAUUUCCGUAUUCAAUUGAAGAUAAUGCUAAACUAGGGAGCGUGACGCGGUUUUCAGGUAACAGAAAUGAUACAAAAUUUAACGAAGUAGCUGAAUCCUCGGAUGUGAUGGAAUACGCCUGUCCGGCUUCUUGUGAAGGUGAUGACUUAACGACAUGCCUGAAAUCACCACCUUUUGGUUUUGAACGCUUCUCACAUUCCUCUGAUCGACCAGAUGCAUCAAACCUCACCAUGGCCUCUGAAUUGGCAUGGGACCGGGAUUUGCUGAAACUGUCCCACGAACGCCUUGUGGCCUACUUCGCAGAUAUGAAAGAAUCGACCGCUUAAGUACAACACUCCGGGCGCCAUUUUUGCGCAGCCUAUAGGCAAUGAUCAAGGCAGUUCGUGGCUGUUUCUUCCCAAAUCAAGCAUGCAACAGUUCCUAAAUAGUUGCGAACAUAUAAAGCAAUACACACUAUCUACCAUGAGGAUAAAUUGCAAACAGCAAGCCGUCAUUCCGCGUAAUUCAAACUCAUAAAACAUGCAUUUAUAGCCUUGAGAAUGAAUAUUCUUCUCAUUUGAUACCAUAACAAUAUGCAGGGACAGUGAACUAGUGACUUACCAGUGGCUAUUCCAAGCAUCAAUCGUUAUUGAUUUAAAAGUUAUUUCUCAUUGCUGCGCAUCAGAAAAGCAUUUGCUUUUAUCUGUAAAAUAUCCAACCCGCCUGUAGAGAAAAAAAGCUCACACCAGCGAAUGUGCCUAAUUGCAUCUUGUCACUUGAGUAUUAAUGGGCCAUUCAAAUACUCCUCAAAAUUAAAUUUUUGAUGCAUUUAAGCAGAUUAUACCGAGAAGACUUUGUUGCGCUUACAAGCGUUUUGGUUUUUGUUUUCAUCCCCAUCCAGUAUGGUUGUGAUACGAGAACACUGCGAUUAGCUGGCCCUCAUUUUUAUCACGACACCGUUCUCUUUCCCCCUGCUUUAAUACCAAGUGGUCAAAAUGCUUUAUCCAUUAAGUGCAUUUCUCACAAGUUCCUUAAUCGGUUGUUUUAAUUUUACUACUGAACCCAAAGUGAAAUGCAUUUGUGACUGUCUUUUCGUUUUCUGCUUCUUUUACAAUUGAGGCUUGCAUUGUGACGAGUGGUUGAACAGAAUUUUGUGGACAGUCUACCCCUUUCUGCAAUUAUUGUUAGACCUUAGAGUAUCACAGAUUGUGUAUUUUCGCUACGCAGCG